CAAGGAGCCACCCAGGUUUUCAGCUCAAUUUCGAAUUCGACAAUCGCAAUGUGAAACUAUCAAUCCGCUUUCCUUGCCCAUCUACGAAGUAAUUUACAGUCUAUUCAUACCUUUAGCAUCUCUUAGCGUAAUGAACAGCGCCAUCGAGCUGGACGUGCAGUCCAAGCGCACAUUUCCACUUGGCACCUCCUCAGAGCAGAUCCUCGACAAGACGACAUCGAAAGAAGAUGUUGACAUACCAAUUGAUAUCCAUGACACUCCAAGAAGCACUCUCCGCAUGUUCGCUAUUCUUACAGCGCUGUUCCUAUCCCUCUUCGUAGCGGCCCUGGACGCGACAAUCGUCGCCACCGCCGCACCCACUAUGUCCCAUGACCUCAACUCCGCAGCAGGUUAUACUUGGAUCGGCGGUGCUUUCCUCCUCGGCAACGCCGCCAGCGGACCUAUCUGGGCCAAGCUCUCUGACAUCUUCGGUCGUAAGCUCAUUUUAUUGCUUGCCUUGGUCGUCUUCUUUGCGUCCUCAGCGCUAUGUGCGACCGCCAAAACUAUGGAGGCGCUGAUUAUCGGCCGUGCGAUUCAAGGUGCGGCUGGUGGUGGCCUUAUUCUGUUGGUGCAUGUUUGCAUUAGCGAUAUGUUUAGUCUUAGGCAGAGGAGUUUGUUGAUGGGAUUGACUGAAGGGAUUUGGGCGCUGGCUGGUGGCAUUGGACCGAUUCUUGGUGGUGUAUUUGCCAGUUUGGUGAAUUGGAGAUGGUGUUUCUGGAUCAAUUUACCCAUCAGCGGUCUGGCAGGAUUUCUGAUUUUGAUCUUCCUCGACACUAAGCACGAGCACACAACGUUCAUUGAUGGAAUGAAAGCCAUCGACUGGCUCGGCAUCUCUACAUUCCUCGCAUGCACGCUCAUGCUACUUCUUGGGCUCGACUUUGGAGGCGUUUUGUUUCCGUGGGACUCUGCGAAGAUUAUCGCAUUGCUUGUUGUGGGAGGUGUCAUGGUCUUUGCUUUCAUUUACAGCGAGGCGAAGUUGGCCAAGUAUCCCCUCAUCCCUAUGUCUUUGUUCAAAAGGAAGACCAACAUCGCUACAUUCUUGGUGGUAUUCUUUCACGGAUUCGUCUUCAUCGCCUCCGAAUUCUACAUGCCCCUUUUCCUACAGUCUGUUCUCGAAGCGUCUCCACUCCGAUCCGGUGUGCUCCUCCUGCCUCUCAUCGUGACAGGAGCAGUCUUCGGUGUGGUGUGUGGUGUCAUAAUGCACCGUACUGGACGCUUCCGAGAGAUCAUAUGGGUUGGUUCAUUCUUCAUGUGCCUCGGAUUUGGCCUCUUCAUCUCCUUCGACGCCAACACGACCACUGGCUAUGCCGUAGGGUUUCAGAUGAUCGCAGGACUGGGUCAGGGAAUCCUAUUCGAAGCGCCAAUGAUCGCCAUUCAAAGCCAGGUUAAGCAGGAGGACGUGGCCACUGCUACUGCAACGAUGGCGUUCGUGCGUAAUAUCGCCGUCUCAAUAUCCGUCAUCGUCUGCGGCACCAUAUUCCAGAACUCGAUGUCGAAUCGGAACGCAUACUUGCGCGCUUCCGGACUACCACAAGGUCUGCUCGAUCAACUGGACGGCGAGAACGCGUUGGCAAACGUUAUGCUACCGGGGACGCUCGACAAUCCGGCUUGGGAGUUCGCUGCCAAACAGGCUUUUGCGUGGGCGACACGGAACAUGUGGAUUAUGUUAACGGUGGCUGCGUUCCUCGCACUUGUUGCCAGCUUCUUUGUGGAAGCGGCCCAUUUGGGAACCGAACAUGUGGAGACCGUGACUGGACUGAAGAAGGAGCGGAAGUAACAUACUUAUCUCGAAACAUAGGCAUGUGUAUGCACAAACGAGAAGCUGCGUUUCAAAGCCCAUCAGCCUCCUGAAAGCAG